GCGGCAGAGCCCGGCUGAGCGCGGCACGGGCUGAGCCCGCCCCGGUGACACCGCGGGGGGACACAGCCCUGGGACCCCGGGACCCCCGGGACACUGCAGGCACUGCGGGCACUCAGGACACACCGGGCACUCCAGACACUUGGGACAUUUGGGGACACUCAGCACACUGCGGACACUGUGGACACUCGGGACUCUCUGGACACUUCGGACACUCAGGAAACUCCAGACACGCCGGACACUGCGGACAUACCAGACACUCAGGACACUCGGACACACCGGACACUCAGGACACUCGGGACACUCGGACACACUGGGCACUCGGGACACUCAGGACACUCGGACACACCGGACACUCAGGACACUCCGGAGACUUGGGGACACUCAGCACACUGCUAACACUGCGGACACUUGGGACUCUCUGGACACUCCGGACAUUCAGGAAACUCCAGACACACCGGACAUUCAGGACACUCAGGACACUCGGGACACUUGGGGACACUCAGCACACUCAGGACACUCGGACAGGCCGCGAUGGAGGAGGCGGUGGUGAAGCAGGGCGGGAUGUACCUGCAGCUGCAGCAAACCUUCGGGAAGAAGUGGAAGAAGUUCUGGGCCGUGCUGUACCGGGAGAGCUCCUGCUCCACGGCGCGCCUGGAGCUGCUGGAGGGCCCCGAGCGGCCGCGCAAGGCCGAGGGCAGCCGGCGCCUGGUCCGGCUCAGCGACUGCGUCCACGUGGCCGAGGUGGGUGGCGAUGCCACCUGUCCCAAGGACACCGUCCCCUUCCUGCUGGAGACCACGGAGCGGCGCUUCCUGCUGGCCGCCGACGGCUCCGAGGCGGCCGAAUGGAUCCAGCGGCUGUGCGAGCUGGCAUUCCCGAGGAGCCGGGAGGAGCCGGGAGCGGCCAAGGAGGGCACCGAGGGCGAGUUCUCCAUGGAGGAAAAUUCCCUGUACAGCUCGCGGGGCAAAGCCGGCCUGGAGCAGGCGUUUGAGGUGACAGUGAGGGUGACACCAUCAUCACAGCGCUGCCGGCUCCGGGGCCGCUGCAUCCUGCGGGCGGGCGAGGAGGCGCUGGAGCUGUGGCACCCUCAGAGCCAGGAGCUGCUGGCCAGCUGGCCCUACCGCUUCCUGCGCCGCUUCGGCCGCGACAAGGUGACCUUCUCCUUCGAGGCCGGCCGGCGCUGUGCGUCCGGAGAGGGCAACUUCGAGUUCGACACCAGGCAGGGCAACGAGAUCUUCCAGGCCAUCGAGGCGGCCAUCGAGGUCCAGCGGGGCCGCGGCGCCGAGGAGCCGUGCCGGGGGGGCCCCGCGGACGAAGCCCCGCGGCCGCUUGAGCACGCCAGGACGCCCGGCCGGGCACAGGGCCACGAGGAGCCCAAGUGCCCCCCCAAAGGGGAGGGGAAAGGGGCCAAGGGCAGGCCGGUGAUGCCCCCCGGGGCUGCGGAGGCCUCGGGGCCGUUCCAGCUGUCACGGGGUGCGGAUUGUCCCUACGCCGAGCCCCACGACUCCCUGCGCCGCGGGAACGCGGCCGCGCCGCCCGACAAGGGCCGGAGGCCGGACGGUGCCAGGGUGGAGUCCGAGUACGCCGUCCCCUUUGACACCAUCGCCAAGUCCUUCCUGGCGCGCCAGUUCGGUGGCCUGGGCUGUCCCCAGGAGGGGUUCCCCGAGCCGCCGAGUGUCCCCAGGGAUGCAGGCGUUGCUCAGCAGCCCCCCGGCCGCCCCACGGCCCCCAAACCCGAGCACAUCUACGACGAGCCCGAGGGUCUCUCGGGCCUCUCGCUGUACGACGAGCCCGAGGAGGUGAAGGGGGAGGCCUGGAGGCUGCAGGCGGCCCCCGAGGAGCCCCCCGGGCUCGGGUGUCCCUACAACGCCCAGCGCGACGACUACGCCGUCCCCAAGAGGCCCUUCCUGCUGCAGGGCAAGGAGUGGCUGGGCCACUGCGACUACGACAACGUGGCCCUCAAGGUGGCCAAGAAGAGGAACCUGCAGUGAGCGGCAGCGGGGGAGAGGAGGAGGGGACGCCCCAAAUCCCCCAGCAGGACUUUACCCCACCACAGCUGAGACCCCCAGAGCUCAGCGCACCCGGGGCUGGGGAGG